AUGUGCUUUAUCAGAACUGUAUCUUCACAUGAGACCCAGAGGUUCCUGCUAGAGUGUAGCAUUGAAGGUUCUUUCCAGAAUGGGUCAACGCACAGAUACAAAGAUAGUGCUGUUGAGAUUUUAUACUUAUGCACAGAUGGGGACAAUGAUGGGAAGAGUCAAGUGCCUCAAAGAAAUCCUGGACGAUACACCCAAACCAAGGCAAUUGCCCUUAAUGAGAAUGUCACUGCCCUAAAUAGUGAAGUAUAUAAACUGCUGCAGAAAACCUCCCUUUUUAAGUCAACUGUUUCUGCAGAGCAGUGUGUUUCUGUCAGCACAGGCUCCAAUCAGAUUGUCAACCAUAGCGAUUUGUGGACAGACCACUUGGAACAUCUGGAAAGUAACCUAGUCCAUGCUGAGAGUAAUGAUUUGAGCCAUUUGGAAAAUAGGAUUUGUCUGACUUUAAAUCAGAGAUUUAGAAAUGAAGAACAAAGUGCUCAGUGGGAUCCAUAUGAGAGAGACUUCACUGAGGAGCUUACCCUUCAGUAUGACCAGAGGCUUUUCAUUGGAGACAGAAUUGCUCAAUGCACUGAAUCUGAGAAAAUACUGAACCAGGGCUCCUGUGUUCACAGAUGUGUCAGGGCUAGGUUUGCAGAGAACCAUUAUGAAUGUAAUAAAUGUGGGAAAGGCUUUCAUCCAAGCUCUAACUUCAGUAUACAUAAUGGUCACUGUUUGGGAGACAGUCCUCAUAAAGAUAAUGAAUGUGGGAAAGCUCGUAACCAGUCCUCCAAUGUUGGUGAUCAUCAGAGAAUUCAUGAGGGAAAAAACCCAUUCACAUGUAAUAAACCAGGGACCAUGUUUAAUCAGUCAUCAAGCUUAAACAUCAAUGAGAUAAUUCCUCAGGGAGAGAAAACUUACAUCUUUAAGGAAUAUGGUAAAUCCUUUGACUGCCACUCAACACUAUCUCAACAUCAGCAAAUGGAUACUGGAGAAAAAGUAUACAAAUGCGAAGAAGGUGGUCAAAGCUUUAAGAACUGUUCAUCUCUAAAUGGACAUUCACACAUCUAUUCUGGAGAGAAACCCUGCAGAUGUCAAGAAUGUGGCAAGACUUUUAACAAUCACUCAAGUCUUAACAGACAGCACCAAAUUCAUAUUUCAGGGAAAAAUUACAACUGUAAUGAAUGUGCCAAAGCCUUUACAUCAUGCUCAAAACUUAUUCAACAUCAGAGAAUUCAUAGUGGAGAUAAACCUUACCAGUGUCAACAAUGUGGCAAGAGGUUUAACCACAGCUCAACCCUUACUCGACAUCACAGAAUUCAUACUGGAGAGAAACCUUACCAAUGUCAAAAAUGUGGUAAGGCCUUUAUCCACAACUCAGACCUUAUACAACAUCACAGAAUUCAUACUGGACAGAAACCUUACCAAUGUCAAGAAUGUGGCAAGGCCUUUACCAGGAGCUCAGAUCUUUCUCAGCAUCACAAAAUUCAUACAGGACAGAAACCUUACCAAUGUCAGGAAUGUGGCAAUACCUUUACCAGGAGGGCAAAUCUUUCUCAGCAUCAGAAAACUCACAGUUCAGAAAAACCUUACCAAUGUCAAGAAUGUGGCAAAGCCUUCAAGUGGAGGUCACAUCUUUGUCAACAUCACAACAUUCAUAACGCAGAGAAACCUUACCAAUGUCAAGAAUGUGGCAAGGCCUUUAACUGGAGGUCAGGUCUUGCUAAGCAUAAUAGAAUUCAUUGUGGAGAAAAAUCUUACCAAUGUGAAGAACAUGGCAAGCCCUUUAAGGACAGCACAACUCUUACUGAACAUUGCAGAACUCAUAGUGGAGAGAAACCUUACCAAUGUCAAAAAUGUGGUAAGGCCUAUGCCAUCCCUUCACAACUUACUAAACAUCACAGAAUUCAUACAGGACAGAAACCUUACCAAUGUCAGGAAUGUGGCAAGGCCUUUACCAGGAGGUCAGAUCUUUCUCAGCAUCACAAAAUUCAUACUGGACAGAAACCUUACCAAUGUCAAGAAUGUGGCAAGGCCUUUACCAGGAGGUCAGAUCUUUCUCAGCAUCACAAAAUUCAUACUGGACAGAAACCUUACCAAUGUCAGGAAUGUGGCAAUGCCUUUACCAGGAGGGCAAAUCUUUCUCGGCAUCAGAAAACUCAUAGUGCAGAGAAACCUUACAAAUGUCAAGAAUGUGGGAAGGCCUUUAACAACAAUUCAGGCCUUACUCAACAUUACAGAAUUCAUAUUGGAGAGAAACCUUACCAAUGUCAGAUCCAUGACAAGGGAUGGAGGAGGGUGUUUGAUGAUGCAAUCAUGUGGGCAGCUUUAAGAUGUCACCUGGUAGAAUAUAUGUUUGAGAUGAAGAAGCCUUCUGAACAGUGGAAAGGCUGGAUCGGCUGGGCAUGUGCUGUGGUUGCUCCCUCAUUUUCCAGAUCCCUCAUGAGGACGAAAUCUAGAGGUGGAGGCGAAGGCAGAAAUGGCCAGUUCUCAGAUCUCCUUCUGUCAAAGCCAGUCCUGAUCAUGUUUUUGGAGCAAGAGAAGCAGCUCUGGGAUGUGAACAGAAAGGAGACUGGAGGCUUCCAUCCAGAUGGGUAUUAUUUGGAAGAGAAGAGAGACUUGGAAGUGGAGGAAGCCAAGACAGACUCUGUUAGAGUCAGAUUUAGUAAUGAAUAA